AUGACGGAGACCAAGACGCAUUUUGUUAAGCAUAUCUCCUUCGAUGACCUGUCACCAUCACUAGUUGAUGAUCAGGCCCGUGAAUUGAAAAGUAAUAACCACCAUAUAAGUUUCAACAACCAUUUCUUGCAUAUUCCACCUCAGUACAAUCCUUUAUAUGCAUCUAAGGAUAAUAUUGCAGAGACAUCAGUACCUUCUAAGGAUGCAUUAUCUCAUAUUCGACCGGCAUUACAAGGCCCUGGUUCCAUGUUCAAAAUUCAGUCGCAGCAAGUGGUGCCCCAGACAAUACAUACAAAGAAGGAGAAUCCAUUUGGUGCAAGUUCGUGGAGCUUAGAUCCUCAGAAGGAGGCAAUGUACAGGAGCAGAAGUGAGUCACCUAUGCAGGCUAGAAGGAAACAACUUGCAUCGGGUACCAUUGCUAAAUUGCCGCCACCACCUGAGAAAUCUGUAUUGAAGAAAGUUCAAAGAAGAAGAAGUUUCAGCGAUAUUGAAGAUAUUGAUCUAGACAAAUUGGAUCUUGAAAUGGAGAAGAAGAUGGUUCAAGUGACUCAGAAUAACACAGCAAAAAACUCUGGUUCAAGAAAGGGUUACACUCAGGAUUUAUUUGCCAACUUAAACGAAGUCGAAGAUAGAAUUGGUAAUAAGAGGAAAAAUAUUCCUCCAGAGAAGAAAAGGGCAAAAUCUUUUGCAGGCAUGACAGAUGCAGAAUUAGCUCAAUUAGAAGAGUUUUAUAUUUCCAAGGGAAGAUCCGCCACUUCUGCCAUGGAAAAAUAUGAUUUUGGUGAACAAGCCCCCAGUAACCAAUUCAAUGAUUAUAAGACUGAUUCUGCUAAUAUUCCAAUUGUUAAUAAGGCUGUAUAUGAUUCAUUGACAUUGACGUAUCCAUCAAGACCAUCAAUUACGUAUAGAGCAAUAUCAAUGACUAUGGAGAACCCAGAAUUCGAUACAUUUGUCACUAAGACUAAAGAACGUCUUCAUAGUAAAGAAAAGGAGGCCAUAACUGCGUUAAGAACAGUAAGUUGUUAUAUAUCAGGUAGAAGGUUCACAUGGGCCACUGUGGAUUGGUACAUUGAAAACAUUGCCAAAGAUGGGGAUCAUGUAAUUAUCAUGACAUGUAUUCCUGAAUUUGAAACGCUGGUAGAAAAGGCUAAUUACCAAGCAUUCAGAGAUCGAUUAAAUUCUGAUGGUACGAGUCCCUCCAUAUCUCGGAGUUCUAAGGAUUCCUCCUUUAACAAGGAUGGGUACGAAAGUAAAAUAUCUGAAGGCCUUUAUAUAGAGGCUAUUUAUCAGGAGGCAAGGACUAAGUGUCGUCAAAUAUUAAAUUACUAUGCAAAACGAUUAGAAAACAAGAAAGUCAAAAUAACUAUAGAAAUGGUGAAAGACAAUUCUAGUAAGAGAGCGGUGAAUGCAAUUGAAGCAUUAUAUAGACCCAAUCUUCAAUUGUUUAGUACUGUUAGUACCAAUAUUCAAAUUAAAUUUAGAAAUGGUAACGUUAAAUUCCCAUUCUUUAUCAUGAAGCAUUUUUUUAUUCCAGUGUUUAUUGUUCCCUUUGAAUUUCUUAACCCCAACUUGUUGAUGGAUCCAUCUGAAAAAUAUGAAUUACAUGAAGAAUGUACCAAGAUUGAUGAUCGUUUGAAGUGGUUGGAUACUACCAUCAAGCGCACUUUAAAGAAUCCGUAUAUUAUCCGUCAUGAAGAGACACAUGCUCCAAAUACAGAUGAUGAAGAAAGCGAUGAAGAUGACAGGUCAGUAGCUUCUAUAACAGAAUACUUUCCAGUUUCCAAAGAACAGCAACGUAAGAUUGAUUCGUUCGAGAGGUUGGGAUAUGUUAGGCCAUUACCAUCAAGGGUAAUAUUAUUACAGCACAGUGGUUUAAUAUUUGAUAAGGAUGGUAAGAAGAUAACACAGACGAGCUCAAGAGGGUCAAGACGUAGUUCAAGAAUUCAAUUCCAUGACUCUAAUGGUAUCUACCAAGUAAAAUCGUUAAUUGAUAACACAUAUUCAACACAAAGCAGUAAUGGAACGCCCCUUACGCCAAGGUCGGGAUCUGAAAUCAGGAAGACAAAGUCAUCCGUUCCAAGUGGGAUCAAACAUAGUAACCACUCAAGGAUACCAAAAACACAUUCACAUCACACUCAUCUGAAGAAAGUAAAAAGUGCGGAAGAUCGCAAGAAGGAAAGGGAUAAAUUAAAGGUUAAGAAAAGCAAUAAUAAUGUUAAUACAUCUGAUAGCAGUGAUGAAAAGAAAAAAUCCAAGAAGUCAUUCGGUUCUAUGUUUAAGAAAGUUUUCAGCUCCAAGUAG